GUACCCGAGACAUCGAAGCAUGGAAGCCUAGCAUGCUCUCAGUCCGCGGAAAGCGACUGAACGCAUACGAGAAACGAUCCUCCGAUCUGUCGCGUAUUCGUGGAAAUCGCGAUCGAGAUUCGUGGUGUGCACUGCUGGAAUUAUCAUUCGUAGGACAUUGCGUCCUGAUCGGUGAGAUUUUUCUAUGACGCAGAUCAUGCCAGAUCGAAAAAUGGUAAGGAACGAUUCACGUCUAUCUUUAUUAAUUUUUUCUAGUAAAUAUUCUAUAUUUAUAAUAUAUAUUACAUGUUAUACAUCUUCUGUUUGAAAUACAUUUUUUUAUAUUUAACCGGUUAUCGAUGACCGUUUGAAAUUUUUGUUUGAAAUUUUGAACGAUUAAUAAUUCGAAGAUCAAACGAUCAAACAGGAAUUAUUUAUGUUAAAUUUUUACUGGAAUUUGUUGUGACUUUUUUGAAAAAUCAAACUUUUAAAAUUUUUCAAAGUCUAUUAAAAGAAAAAAAAAUUUAGAUAGAUAGAAGAUAUUUUUGUUUGCAUAACGGAGAUUGAAAUAAACCGUAUUUUAUUUCACGAGGAACCUCGUGGAACGUUAAAGAUAUAAGAUAAACGUGUAUUUUGUUCGAUAUACCGUGUAUACCAGUCAGAUUUUUCACGGAACAAGGACGUCACGAUAUCGGAGAAGGGAUCGAAAAUCUGGAAGUCCUUCACAAACCAUACUCAUUCUGUUCUUUUGACCUAAAAAAUGAAUUCAAAUUAACAACUAAGAGUUUUUUUUUCUACCACGAAUAAUUUAAUUAUCACGAAUAUCGAUGUGUAUCGAUGUGUUUAAACACAACAUCUAAAAUUCACAUUCCAUCUUAGAUAUGUACGAACAUUAAAGAACCUUGAAUGCUACCGAUCUCUUUUGAAACUUUUACAUAAGUAUACAUGCAAAGAAUGAAAUCAAUUAUGCGAUACGUUACUAAUAAAAACCAUAAAUACGAUCAAAAAUAUAUUUUACGAAAAAAGGGGGAAGAGAGAGGGAGGAAUUACAAGUAUUUCGAUAUUAGGUUCAAGAACCGCAACCGAGGUCAAUCGUAUACCUUCGUUAGAGGUAUACUUCGUAAUAGUGUAGCUCACGAUCUACUCGUCGGAUAAUACUAUUAUGCUAGCAUUACGCAAUCGCGAAAAUUUCACUUUCCGCGGUGUGAUCGCGCGCGCGCGCGCAAGCAAACUCGCUUGCAUGCGUAUACGCGUUACCUUUAGAUCGACGUGGAUUUUUUUAUCGUGCGUUAGUGCUCCCAUCGUCUCUCUCUUUUCGAUACUUUUUUUUUCUUUCUUUUUUCUUUUUUUUAUUUGACUAUCCGAUUCGUUUGACACUGUUCGGUCAACUAAUGAGGCCAAUCAAAACAAGUGUACUUAAUCGAAUACAAGAUUGCAUGCAGGCAUUUCUUCAGCAAUGGAUGGUAUUUUUGGAAUUUGAUACAUUGGUCUUUAUGCACCUCUUGGAACUUAUUUUUGAUCCCAAAAAUUUAGAGGGAAAUACAAUUUCUAAAAUUUCUUACGAUAUUUUUUUAUUCCUUCGAUUAAAAGAAUCGAGAAUGAGUUGAAUCGAGUCUCUUCUUUAUUUCCAUUAUUCAUUAUGUAUGAAAUUCAAGAUAUCACAAUGGAUUACACAACAGUCACAAAUGAUAUGCUAUAUACGAUUGCGCAAUCGAUAUAACCGGAUGAACUACGUAAUUCGUUCAUACAGCGAGUUUAAGACAUAAUUAUGCAUUGAAUAAUAGGAAUGAAAAAAAUUGGACUUUAUUUUUUUAGUAGUAAAAAGAAAAACUUUUAUUAUAAAAUCGGUAAAAGCAAUAAUUUUUAAAGCGUUAGCUUGAAAAAUUUGUUGAUUAAAUUCAGAUUUUAUGGAUUUUACCGUAGAAGACAAUUUUCAUUUGUUAAAAAUCCAGUAGAAAUUGCGAUUAAAUACAAAAGAAUUUUGCUCUUACGUUUCGUUCUAUCCUGUCAUCUCUAUUGUUUCAUUUCUCUGUUUCAAUAGAGUGUAAAAAUAAUCGAUUCGAACAAUGUUUUGUCGGCUGUAGUUUAACUGCGCAAUCCGGUAUUCAUUGUUCUGCAUAUCGUACGAAAGAGUGGAUCACCUUUCCAACAGAACUCGUUAUUAUGAAAAAUAAAAUCCGAUGUAACGGAUGAAGAUCCUUGAAAUUCUUAAUACUCGAAACGAUGCAGUGACGCAGUUCAAGAAAAAAUCACAAUGUUCUUACUUGAAGAAAUAAGGAAGAAAAGGGAUUGGAAUAUUCAUUUAUUUGCAAACAAGAGAAAAACUGUUUUCAAAUAAAAAGAUGUCCAGGCUCUUAUAUAUUUGAAGUCUUUCAAACAGUUGAAAAGUAAGCGUCAUAAAAAGACAAGACAAACCUAACCGAUUAACGAAGUGUCACGUGCGCUAUCCUGAAUAUCAUCGAUAUUCUUACAAAUACAGUGGACAGUUAGUCGUUUAAUGUAUUCAAGAAUCAGGAUUUGAUUUAUAAAAAAAGGAAAAUAUUCAUAAGCUUGAGUCUUAGAAUAGAAAUUUCAUAAAAUUCUAUUUUUCCAAUUGAACACAUUCACUUACACUUUUUCUAUUUUUAGGAAUCGUUCGAUUUAACCAAUUAAACACGAAGGAAUAUAUCAAUCAUGAUUCUAAACACGUAUUGGAUUCGUGGAAUCGAAUUAUCCGAAGGAGGCGCAGAUGCUUCAGAAUUUCUGAGUGCCUGACAUUUUGGCCAAUUAGGAGGAGUCACGAUGUUGGAUCCAGUUCUUGGAAUAUCGACGGUAUGGUGGUUGGUGAUGUACGCCAGUGUUCUGCUGCUGCUGUCGCCCUUGGUGCUGCUUUUCAUCGUAUUCCUACCGAAUUUCCCGAUACUGUUGCUCAGAAGAAUGUGCUAUAUUCCGAUAGAAUCUAUAUGACGAAAUCGAGUUCAUCGAUUCGAGGUUCAUUUCUUAGAGAUCGUACAUCUCUCGUUAAGUUUAUCGUGUUUAGAAUUUUAUACAACGGUAUAGAAGGUCAGUAAGUUAAUUUUUAACAAGGAAGAUAAUUGUAAAAUCUCGAAACCACAAAAUUAUGCAGAAAGAAUUUCGAUAUCCUUCUAAUUGUAGAAGAAAUUGCUUCUUGGAGGAAAAGGUGAAAUUCGAAAGCACAAUAAACGAAGAGAGUUACGAUAGUCUUUGAUGAUUCUAUAAAAUUAUAUAGUUAGUUUUAAAUUAUAUUCCCGAGCAUUCAGAGAUUGUAAAUUUAAAAUAAUUACGAAAUUAUUUUUAUUAUUUUGUAAGAAAAUAUGGUGUGCGGGAUGAUACCGAUGACAAUGAGAAUGGAAUAUACUGAUUGUUAUAUAUGUAUACAUAUUUUCCGCACACUGUUCAAUCGAAUCAAAAUUAAUGAUAAAGUCAACAUCCAUCGAUAUGUAACUUUUAAUUAAUAAUUUUGUGUAUUUAAGUUUAUUAGGAGCAUCACUCGUAUCGCUCAAAUAUUCUCAUUUUAUAUUAAAAUUACGAUGUAUCUUGGAAUAACCAAGUACCUACAUCCUGCAUGAUUAACUAGAAUUUAAUUAUAAAACGUUUUACAUUAAAAUCUCUAUUUAUUUAUAAAUGAACCGUUAGUAUUCCAAGUUGUAACUUUUCGCACACGAUUCGAAUCCUCAAUUGGUUAUUUCCUUCUCACGAUUCUUUCAUCUUUCGUUGCCAAGAUUUCGCCAUGAUUCGCGCGCGAAACGAGUAAAAGAACCGAUAUGUAAAACCGACAUAACGGGAACAGAGUUUCGCAAAGUAUAAAUCGUGAAAAUUUCGAGAGACAACCUUGUCGAUUCUGACGUCAUUUUAAGUUGGUUUAUCAUAAGAUAAGCAUUUUUCGCAUACAAACGUGCGAAGAUCGAACUGUUUCUGAGAAGAGCGAUUGUCUCGCAAAUUUUCUCCAGGUAUUGUUUAAUUUUUUUCUUUUUUUUCAUAUUUUUUACGUAAACGGGAAUAUGCGUCAUUGAACAUUCACCAUUGAUCUUGUUGGCCUCUUUUUCUUGGAAUUAUCGUGGUCGAAUUAUUUUUUUCAUAUAAUAUUUUUUCAUAAAUGAUACAUUACGAUCGAUUCCAGAUUGGAUAAUUAAUACAUGUCAGUUCGAAGUUGUUGAUGUAAACUUUCGUACAUACAUGAAACGUAUACAGUAACAUACGUCACUUGUUGGGCCAAUCAUCGAUAAGUUUAAUAACGAUCGAAGACCUUAUGCCUCUUUUUUUAUUUUUCGUUCGUCGAAAGGUUUCAAUCAACUCGGGGAAUUUAUGUUCCACGAUCAUUACUAAAUGCCAUGCACAUUUCUAACUAUUGCACAUUCACGAGAAAAAUAAAAAAGAUAAUAAAAUAGUGUAACGUAGUUCAUAGUUACGAAUACCUGAGCACACGUAUCAUCAAUCAAUUUAUUGAUAAAUGCUCGAUCGAUGAAAGAGUAUCCUCUAUAUAUAGGACACGUUUAGAUCUUUUAUUAUCCAACUUUUUUUGCCAUUUGUAGCUGUAUAAGAAGAACCGUUAGUAUAUUCUCACUGUCAAUUUUUAUCACCAUUAUUGGUUUUUAAUACAUUAUUUAUUACUUAAGCAAUAUUUUUUCCCUGACAGAAUCAAAAAUUCAUUUCUCAAAGAAUUGAAUAUACUGAAUAUCGAAUCUAAUUAACUUUCUAAUGAAAUUCUGAGAUACAGGAACGAUAAUAUUGAUUAAAAAAAAGAGAACUGAAAUAUUCUCGAAUAAAAAGCUAGAUAUUAUUUAUCCACCUCGAAGAAUAUAUUUCCGAAGAAUGUAUUCAAUAAAAAUUUUUAAAAUUUAACAAUUAUUAAAAUUUAUUUAGUGUUUAAACAAUUGGGCAUUCGGUUCGAUCAUCAAUCGUGCACAGUGUAUCGCACGGAUCCUGUGCACAGGUAAAUGCCUGUCCUUCUCCAGUUCAGUAGUUGAUGUAGACGGGCCUCAUGUUGAACAUUGCAGUACCGAUCGCGGAGUACUUUCGCCAAGUGGCGUGUAGUGGGGGAGGUAGGACUUGAACCCUGAGACCCAUGGGCCAUAUAUACUACGGUUCCAUGCAGCUCUCUUGCUACUUAGUGUCAGCUUCUCGACGAUCCUUGUUGUUUCACAGGGGAGAUCCAUCGAGAGGAAGGACAGAUCUAGUAAAAGAUGAAUCUAUUCCUCGUCCUCGCCUUGAUCGAGUUGGCGUCGGGGGAUCCGGGGGGGCUUCUCAGAGUUCCCAAAGUGUACAACGCCGUGAUCACGAGCAAUCAAAAUUUAUCCCCGUCCAGAGCAUACCCGGUAAUUCAACCCGUGAUUCAUCGGACGGCGAUCGGUUACGUGCCACCUGUUUAUUACACCCAAGUGGCGCCUCACUUAGCCGGGCCGGAAGUGGUGCAUUUUUCUCAACGGGUGUCGAAACAGCCGAACGACGUUCAAACCGCUCCCUCGUCGUCCAUCGAACGGUCCAAGUCAACCGACAAGACGGAAUCGACAAAUCCAACGAACGACGAAGAAGAAGAAGAAGAGGGUAAUAAAGGUGUCUCGGGAUCGAAGGGGAAGAGCGGGGACCAGGAGCCUCUCAGCUUCUAUCCCAAUUAUCAGUCGUUGUAUUACGACCCUUAUUUCUACACGUACAGCGGAUUCAAUCCUCACCUGGUUCCCGGCACUUAUUACGUGGACUAUCAACCCUACGGCACCCUCGAACCUAUCCCUGCAACCACACCGAGAAACGGGCUCACAGAACAUCUGCUCCCAGCCUAUCACGAGGAGAAGAAACUCCCUGGAAAGGAUGAGAAGGAGAAAAUACCGGAUGUACCGCCACCACCUCUUCCAACAGCUGUGCCGAAAAGUUCUUGAAGCGGAACCGGUCCGACGAGGUCACGUUUUGAAGCCCAUGAUCAGACUGAUUGUCAUCAUAGAGUUCUCGAGACCACGAGAUAGACGAAGUGAAGUUAACGAGAGACGAUUAAUUUGAUCCGUUCGACGAUCAUUGUAUAUAAAUUGCAAUAACGUGGAUCGAUCAAGAUAAGGAUGAUUUUGGAGGGAUGGUACACAGUUACUUUUUUUAUUUCCACGAUUAUUUAUGAAUGACAUUUUAUUUCAACUAACUUAUGCUCUUAAUAUCUAAUAUUUUAUAUAUAUAUAUAUAUAUUUUAUAUUCGCUAUGGCAGAUUUAUUUUAUCGGUUUUUUUUACUCGUGUGACAUACACAUCCCUAGAAAUAAAAUAUUAUAUUCGCUUUAUUAAAAAUAUAUAUUUUUUUAUACGAGAAGAGAAAGAGAGAGUCGCAAAUUUAAUUUGCCUAUUAUAGAAAGGCAAUUGUAUUGAAAAAAAAAGUUACAGGAAACAUUACAGAAAAUAUAUAUAUAGAUUUAUGUUUCGACAUGAUCGCAGCGAUCGUUUAUCUUUCUCACGGCCCAGAUCUUUAUCACGUAUAAAAAUUCCAUAUUCGUCAACCCCUCAGCGAUAAAUAUUAAGGAGUUUAUACCGCCAUCCUUGUUACGAGUUACAUCGAUAUUCAGCGUGAUAUUUCUGUUCUUCACUGGUAUGAUUCUUAUGCAAGUGACGCACACUGAACCCUCCACCGUCGUUGUUAAAUCCAUAUUACUCUGUAUCGAAUUUUGCAUAUUGAUGAUUAAAUUGUGCUGAUAUAUUAAA